GAGCAUGUUGGGCAUUGUUGUUGUUUUGAAUAUCUGUCAUGAAAGUGUACACAAGAAACCGAAACAAUGAACUUAAAAGACGGUCUACACUAUGCUUUACAACAGCGCGUGUAUGGCUGUGUAGAUUCUGAAGUCGUUUAUCGCCGGGCAAGAGACAGCAAGUAUUUCGUUCAAUGYCUUGAGAGAAGUGGGACGUUAACAGGACACGAUGGUUGUGUUAAUUCAAUAUCUUGGAAUGAAUCAGGUGAUUUACUGCUGUCUGGCUCAGAUGACUGCAGGCUCAACAUCUAUAGACCAUUUCAAAAGAAGCUUCUCCAAUCAAUAAGAACAGGCCACAGAGCCAACAUAUUCAGUGCGAAAUUUCUCCCAUGUUGUGAUGACAAAAGGAUUGUAUCAUGUUCUGGUGAUGGAGUUUUACACUUUACUGACAUAGAAAGACCAGAWUCCUAUGGCAUGUAUUCGUAUAACUGUCAUUCAGGCACAGCUUAUGAGGUGAUAACUACCCCCGGUGAUCCCAAUACUUUUCUGUCAUGUGGUGAAGAUGGUACUGUGCGUGUGUUUGAUGUCAGAAUGAAGUCCAAAUGCAGCAAAAGGGAUUGCAAAGAGGAUAUACUAAUAGAAUGUGGAAAAGCGGUCACGUCAGUYAGCAUCAACCCACUAGCACCUUAUCAGCUGGGGAUCGGCUGUGAAGACAGUACAGUUGCUUUGUUUGAUAGACGCUCUCUAAGUACAGCUGGAUCAAGCUCUGGAUCUAGUGGAAUGGCUGGAUUGACUUAUAAAUUCAAACCAGAAGCCUUAAAAGACAGAACGUGUCGUGUGACGUCACUCCAGUAUAGUUCGGAUGGAAGCGAGCUUCUUGUSAGCUAYUGUGCAGACUACGUCUAUCUYUUCGAAGUAAAGGGGCAAAAGGAAGUUCGCGGUACAAGYGAUGAAGCUCAAGGAAACGGACUCAUUCCCAACCCCAAUAAAAAGAACGCRCCGAUGAAAAGACUAAGACUGCGUGGAGACUGGUCCGACACUGGACCAAACGCGCGACCUGAAAGCGAGGCGGGCGCAUCAAACGAAAGCACACUCAUGCAGCGCAUGUCAGAUCUGUUCGUCCGCUGGAUCGAAGAAUCAUUUCGUGGUAGCCAAAGUCGCAGCCGGCUCAGGUCAGCUCAAUCUCGCGCCUCGUCGACAUCAUCAUCGACGUCAUCGUCGACGUCAUUUCCGUCGCGCUCAACAAAUUCAUCGUCUUCUGACAGCUCGGCGAAUCUAGAACCUUCGGGUGCGUCACGUGAUGGUGACGUCAUUGAUGAAGAAAUGGACCAAUCACCAAGCACAUCGGCAUCCGUUAUCACUGUUGUAGAGCGAUGUCUGGAUACUCCAGAAGGGGAKAAAGAGGAAUCCAAUGUCUCUUCCAAGGAAUCCCCUUCAGAAUCUUCCAAGGAAUCCCCUUUUGAAGACACUGRAAUWACUCCUAUGGACACAUCAAUGCCUAGUUGUAGCGGGCUUAGUAGUGAURGUGAAACAAUAGGAGCAGCRGAUGGAAAUAAUGCUGYUAGUGUUGGAAAUAAAAAUGRCAGUAUAUUGAACAAACAACUGGACUCUAGAAGUACAGAUCAGCGUAAUGACCUCCAAGCAAAUUCUUCUCAAUCGAAUAUGGACAAUGUCAAUAUUACUCAAGAUGAAGCAAUUGAACAWAAUUAUAAUGAACAAAAUAAUGUCGAWAAUCCUCAACAGGGCGUGGCAGAGGCACGUGAUGAAYCACACAUGGAAACUAUYGUUGAUGACGAAAUAACACCUGAAGAGGGUGCGGCCUGUCCACGCGAARAUCCCAUAUGGGAACCUUCGAAUUGUCCUGAMAAAAAUAAUGAACUUACUUCUGAAAACUCUCAACAGGGCGURGCAAGUGCACGUGGCGRGGACUUAUCAAAUGUUGGCACGUCGUCAAAUAGACAGGAGACYGAGUCCGACAAUUCGCAUAGCUUAGCAGCCACGCGUAUCCAACGCAUGUUCAGAAACUACAAGGCGUUAAAAUCYGURAAGACAAUAGAUGAUUGGGAUUUUGGACUUGCGGGAGAAGAUGAUGUCAUCUGGGUUCCUAAAAUGACGCGAAUUUACCGUGGACACAGGAAUGCUCGUACAAUGAUAAAGGAAGCUCGAUUCUGGGGAGAUAAUUACGUCAUAAGUGGUAGUGACUGUGGUCGUAUAUUCAUAUGGGAUAAACACACUACAGAAAUUAGUAUGGUUUUACAAGGGGACCGCCACGUGGUCAAUUGCGUUCAGCCACACCCUUUUUAUCCUGUCCUUGCUUCAAGUGGAAUCGAUUACGACAUUAAACUAUGGAUGCCUACAGCUAGUCAGCCAGCUCAAGUGGAAGGUCUAGAUGAGAUCGUGCGGACAAAUGAACAAAUGCUUGAAGAAAGUAGAGACACAAUCACCGUCCCGGCAUCAUUCAUGCUACGAAUGCUUGCUUCUUUGAACCACGC